CCUGCGCUGAAAGGGGCCCAGAGGGGCCGGCAUGGGCCUCGGGUUACCUGCGCCGUGGCUGCUGCUCUUCGCCGGGCUCCCAGCAGGGUGCCUGUCCUUGUUGGUGACGGUCCAGCACACAGAGCGCUAUGUCACCCUGUUUGCCUCUGUCAUCCUCAAAUGUGACUACACCACCUCCGCCCAGCUCCAGGACGUGGUAGUGACCUGGCGCUUCAAGUCCUUCUGCAAGGACCCCAUCUUUGACUACUACUCUGCGUCGUACCAGGCAGCUUUAUCCCUGGGCCAGGACCCUUCCAAUGACUGCAACGAUAGCCAGCGAGAGGUCCGCAUCGUGGCCCAGAGGCGGGGGCAGAAUGAGCCCGUACUGGGGGCGGAUUACCGGCAGCGCAAGAUCACCAUCCAGAACCGAGCAGAUCUUGUGAUUAAUGAAGUGAUGUGGUGGGACCAUGGAGUGUAUUAUUGCACCAUCGAGGCUCCAGGGGACACAUCAGGUGACCCAGAUAAGGAGGUGAAGCUCAUUGUCCUACACUGGCUGACGGUGAUCUUCAUCAUCCUGGGAGCCCUCCUCCUGCUCCUGCUGAUUGGUGUGUGCUGGUGCCAGUGCUGUCCCCAGUAUUGCUGCUGCUAUGUCCGAUGCCCAUGCUGUCCCGCCCGUUGCUGCUGCCCUGAGGAAGCCCUGGCCCGCCACCGCUACAUGAAGCAGGCUCAGGCCCUAGGCCCUCAGAUGAUGGAAAAACCCCUGUACUGGGGGGCGGACAGGAGCUCCCAGUUUUCAUCUUACCCAAUGAACCAACUGCUGCAGCGAGAUUGGUCCCUGCGAUCCAGCCUCCCACAGAUGCCAAUGACCCAGACCACCACUCAACCUCCCAUCACCAACGGAGUCCUAGAGUAUUUGGAGAAAGAACUGCGGAACCUCAACCCGGCCCAGCCCCUGCCCCCUGACCUCAAAGCCAUGUCUGGCCAGCCCCGCAGUAUGCUGUCCUCCCUGGGCUCAGAGGUCGUGGAACGCAGAAUCAUCCGCCUGCCUCCGCUGAUGAGAGACCUGCCGUCUUCUCGGAGGACCAGCAACUCCUCCCACCAGCAGUGGCUCACCCCAAUUCCUCCUGGACCCUGGGAUCUGAGGGGGGACAGAAGGCAGCACCACCACUCUGAUUUCCACCGGGAGCUACAGGACUGGGAGCCUAAGCUCUGGGCCCUGGAGCGAAGGGACCUGGACCAACUUCGCAGUGGAAGGCACCGCAGCACCAGGCUGAACGCGUCACCCAUGCCUUGGUCAGACAGGGACAGCCUCAGCGAUGUCCCUUCGUCCAGCGAGGACCGCUGGAGGUUCAACCACCUGCCUCUCAGGAGCCGCUACCCAGAGAGACCCCGCAGGCCCAGCCCCCGGGAGAGCGCCCACAGGCACCAGAGGCGCAGACACCGCAGCUACUCCCCUCCCCUGCCCUCAGGCCCCAGUUCUUGGAGCUCUGAGGAGGAGAAGGAGAGGCAACCCCGGGGCCGGGGGGCCCACCGCCGCCGCUCCCACUCCCCAAACUGGCCUGAGGAGAAGCCACCCAGCUACCGCUCACUGGAUGUCAUCCCAGGCAAGAAUGGCAGGAAAAAAGGGAAUGUGGAGAGGCGCUCGGAGAGAGACAGCUCCCAUAGUGGAAGGAGUGUGGUCAUUUAGUCACCGGGCGCAGCACUACUUCGGUGGCCACUUCUC